AUUAAGGGCUCGACCUUUUCCAUUUUGUUCUAAACGCCUCGGCAGAUCCCUGUCUUGGCUUGCCAGUUUGUGCAUUGCAAGUGGUCCCCUGGCCCGUCCGUAUCUUUGGCAGGUGGCCGGCUCGUCGCUAUCUCUCGGUAUGUGUAGAGGAAGAGGGGCAUAUAAAUACCUACCUGCCACUUGUUCACCGUCCGUCCCCCAUCUUCUCAAACUUACAUUCCCUAGACAAUAUACUUGGAUACCCUUAUUUUCACACCUCCUCUUACACACAUUCGACCCUCAUCCCAAAUCCAGUAAACUUUUUGGACUUUCUCCCGGCCGAACCCUAGAACGCUACCGUCAGAAUGGCUCCCAAGAUCGCCAUCGUCUACUACUCCAUGUACGGCCACAUUAAGCAGCUGGCCGAAGCUGAGAAGGCUGGUAUUGAGAAGGCCGGUGGCACUGCCGACCUGUUCCAGAUUGAGGAGACUCUCCCGGAGGAGGUCCUCUCCAAGAUGGGGGCUCCCGCAAAGCCCACCGACGUUAAGGUCCUCAGCGAUCCCUCAACUCUUGAGGCAUACGAUGCUUUCCUCUUUGGCAUCCCCACCCGUUAUGGAAACUUCCCCGGACAAUGGAAGGCCUUCAUCGACAAGACCGGCAAGCAGUGGGCUGCGGGUGGCUUCUACGGCAAGUACGCCGGUAUCUUCAUCUCCACCGCCUCGCAGGGUGGCGGUCAAGAGUCAACGGCUAUCGCUGCCAUGUCGACCUUUGCCCACCACGGCAUCAUCUACGUCCCCCUGGGAUACACCAAGUGCUUCGGCAUUCAGACCGACCUGAGCGAGGCUCGCGGAGGAUCCCCGUGGGGAGCCGGCACUUUUGCGGGCGGCGACGGAUCGAGGCAGCCCUCGGAGAAGGAGCUCGAGCUCGCCAGGAUCCAGGGCGAGGAGUUCUACAACCACGUGUCCAAGGCUACCAACUGACUGCAUGGCAGUAAAUCCGAGCCCGGAGUAACCGCAGAGAAGGCAGAGCCAGCAAAUGAGCAGAAGGCCGAAGGCCAGAAGAGGGCUGACGAUGCAGCCAACGGCUCUGGCGCCAACAUCCCUGAAAAGAAGGACUCUGGGGGAGAGGAUGGUGGUCCUUGCGGCCUGCCUAGCAAGUGUAAUAUCCAGUAGCCUGCUGUCUGCGAUGCAAUAAAGGGUAGUAAUGACAAAACCUGAAAGUAAUACCGUGUUCGAGAAGCAAGCAUGGCUCCCUUGGUGCAAGAAUUUCUGUCUUUUGUAUGCUUGCACUCCCAAAACGCCAUGCUGGAUUCGGCAACAGAGUGGAUAUAAACACAAAGUUUCAAUGUCGCCGUGCGAAUGUUGCCAACUGGGUCUUACGAAUUGAAUUCCAAUUAGAGUGCC